AUGUUCAGCAUCGACGGGACAAUCAACGACGUUCAGAUUGAGGCCAACGCUGACACCGGUUCUAGCGUCAACGUCAUUUCUAUGGACCUCGCGAGGUCCAUGGGAUUGACACCCGAGCCUGGGACGCAACGCCACAUCCUUCUUCCUGCAGGACAAAAGGUCUUUUCACCGGGGAGAAUUAGAGGGCGCUUCAAAUUUAAAAACGAGGAAAAAAUACAUGAGCUCUCUUGCGUUGUUCUGGAAAACGUCUUUUACCCACUGGUUCUUGGGUCAAAGUUUCUCAAGCUGACCAAGACGUUUACCAAAUAUAUGCAUCGUCUCAAGCGAGCGUUCUCAAAAAGCACUCGAAUUUCCCUGAAAAUGUUUGGCGAGGAGCAGGAGUUUGUUUCUGGGUACCUCAAUGGCUCCAACUGCUUUGCCGUCCCGGAUUCGGGUUCGAAAAUAAUGGCCGUCUCUGGCGCUUUCGCCAGAGCGCAUGGCCUGGAAGUCCAUCGCGGUCCAAACCACCAACAUCUUAUGGAGUUUAUUGAUGGGUCCGAAGCUCUCACCGACGGUGUUAUUAAGGACCUACAGUGGCAAUUUCGCCUCGAAGACAUGCCCUUACGAUGUGACUUUCAUGUCAUUGAGAACCUUCCAGUCGACGCGAUCCUCAGCAGUGCACUUGUUGACGAGCACGACGUAUUUUCCAGAUACGAAGACCUCUUAAUCGAUAUGGAUUCAUUGAAGGGCAGUUCGGGAAUAUAUAACAUUCGAUUGUCUGAGAUAGUUCAAAACAUCGAGUCUCUGGAAGGCAGCUUCGAGCAUGAUAUGAAUGCUGAUCCCCCAUUCACCGACGAAAUCAUCGAGAGGGAAAUGGCUCGGCGUGAUUUGAUUCGUGAUCAAAUCAAUUGUCUACCGACUGACGCACGUCUGGAUCGCGAGGUGCAAGAAUUGAGGAGACAGCAUCGAUUCGAAGACGACUGGAGGCAACAUCGCGAGAGACUUGCCUCCAAUAGGCAACAGCAUCAAACGCGUCCUUUGGCCUCCUCAGCCCAAGCUAGGACUCAAAUCAUACCUCCAAAUGUGGUGGCAAACGGCUGCCCAAGCAACACGACUCUCCCACCACGUGGCCGGUUGCGGAAUUGGGCGAGAUGGAUGGGACGACAAUGAAAAUACUUCCAGGGGUUUUUGAAAAUUACAACCAAUACUAUAAUGAUGCGAGUAUCUAUGGCAUGAGGCCGAUAUGACUAUGCCCCUUGGAAAUCUCUUCGUACCCUGAGGGUCGGAAACAGAUUCCCACGAAAUUUUGUACACUUAAUACAAGCCUG